AUGUCAGCGUCAAAAAAACAAGUUCGCUUUACUGAAGCAGCAGAGGGAAGGUUUUCUUCAUUAGACGAAACUUUACAUACACAAAAGUUAGAAACACCAAAUGGUAACAAGAAAAAGAAGAAAAAGAAAAAGACUAAGCUGCAAGGGCUAAAAGCGGAGAAGAAAAAGCUCCAAAGAGACCUGAAGGAAACAAGGCACGGAAUAUUGAAAGACAACGAACGAAAAGCAAGCCCGGAUUAUACUCCGUAUGAGAAUCGCCAAAGACUAGCACGUACAACGAGCGACACUCUUUCCAAGCUGAAAAAAUUGGAGGGACAAAUAACAACAAAAGAAAAGGAGAAGAAAGCGAAAAUCCAGGAAAGAUUGCAAACUAAGCUAAAGAAAAGAUCCAUUAGAGCGGAUAAACAACACAGUCGACUGAUUAAAAUGACUACACGACUGGAAAGAAUGAAACUAGGCGAAGAUGAACUCCGCGCUGAAAUAGCACGAGAAGCUGUGGAGCAAGAUGAAGAAAAUUUGCGUCCCGCAUCAGAGCCAAGAAUUCGACUACCCCAUAUAUCUGCCACUUCAGACGAUUGGAUGAGGCAAACAGAGGGGAAAAGUGAGGCAUCAUUGUCUGACUUUGGAACAGAAGGAGAGAGAGAUUAUUCUCGUCCCACCUCUGUUUUAAGCGAAUCUGCACUUGAACUAAGCCCCAGGGAGAAGGAAAUCGUAGCGAAUAAGCUCGCUCAUAAGUAUGACAUGACUCGUGAACUGAGAAAUACGAUUCACGAACACAUGAUAUCACGCUCGUACAGUUUCUCGUACUUCAAUAUAAUACCUCCUUACAAGCGGAGAAAACCCAAGCCACAGAAAACUAAACAAGUUUUCAAUCGCCUGGUUUACGAGGAUAAAAUUGGAGUUAUGGAUUUCAGCAAGUCAUACCCAAAAAAAGUUGUCUUAAGUGCGUGA